AUUAAUUAGUAAGUGUUUGUUAAUUUACACAACAUGAAGGUUUUAGUAGUUCUCGCUGCUUUAGUGGCUUGCGCCCAAGCUGGUUCUGUUUCGAAUAUCGCUCAGAAGCUUAUUCCUAGCUUCUCGACCGGCUUUGUCAUCAAAGGCCACGACGCUGUUCCUCAUUCAGCUCCUUACAUUGUAUCAUUGAGCAGCACUACUAAACAUUCCCACAUUUGUGGUGGUACCAUCAUUGCCAAGGAUUGGGUAUUGACUGCUGCUCAUUGCAUCAAUAAACCCGUUGGAAUGGGUGUUGUUGCUGGUUUACACGAACGCUUGAACAUUGACAACAAAACCCAAUCUCGUGAAGUCGAUUGGGGAAUGGUCCACGAAAAGUAUACAGGUGGUGUUGGUCCCUACGAUAUCGCCAUUUUGCAUCUUUCAGAACCAUUGGAAUACAACGAAUACGUUCAACCUGCCUCCUUACCGGCCGUUGAAGAAAUCCAUUCUGGUGAAACUCAUUUGUACGGUUGGGGUCAACCUAAAGCCUUCGUUUUAACUGGUGCCAAGAUUUUGCAAACUGUCGAAUCCGAAAUUGUUGAGUUCAAUGCCUGCAAGGCUGCUUUGCCUGAAGAUGCCCCCAUUCACGAGACCAACAUUUGUUCCGACUCUAUGCAAAAAGGUAUUUCUGCUUGCAACGGUGACUCUGGUGGCCCCUUGGUAAUUGAACGUGAAGGUGCACCAUCUGAAUUGAUUGGCAUUGUUUCCUGGGGUUACAUUCCCUGCGGUUUGGCUAACUUGCCUUCUAUUUACACCCGUGUUUCCGCCUACAUUGAAUGGGUUGCCAAAAUCCAAAACGCUUACUACGUAUUGCACUAAAUUCUAUUUAUUCGGUAUUAAAUUUUAAUAAUAUAAUAAAAAUUUAACUCAAAUUUUAACACCCAUAAAAA